AUGGCUCCGCUCACCAGAUCUGCCAGGUCUGCAGCUUCGGGCAGUGCGAAUCUGCGCUCGCAGGUCGCUCAGCCGCACCCCAAGGAACCAGAAAUCAUCAGCAUUGAAGAAGACGAAGAUGAUGACGAGUCAAUGGAUGGCGAAGAAAGCUAUGGCAAUGAGGAAGAACUGGAGGAGGAGACGGGUGAAGAGGACGAAGAGAUGGAUGAGGAGGAAGAUGGUUUUGAUGAUGAUGACGACGAAGCUUCGGACCCUCGAUCCGGUUUCCCUGUGUUGGAGCCCAGCUUGAAGUCCGUCAUGGGAAUAACUAGCAAGGCCCAAGGUUCUCCUCAGCUGUUUACCGCUGCCGGCGCGCAAGAAGCCUUCGACCCCCUUCGCCGGACCGCCGACCGUGUCACGAAACAGAUCGAGGCAUUCGCGAAGGAGCUGGACCAGUUCAAGCAGAAGAACUCUAACGACGAGUUCCACAACAUCCAAGCAGCAUACAAUCUCGUGGACAAAUACCACAAACUCACCAAAAACGCGAUCCAAGAAAACGAGAAACAACAGGCGCUCAAGCGCACGAAAGGCUUCCGAUCAAGCGAAGCGGAAGAUGCCAAAUCGGAAGAUGAACUGCGACGUCUGUACUUGGAACUCGAUACUUGGCGCCUGCUCCUCAACCUCAUCAGCGUCGACGAACCUGCGAGCCGCGCCAGCUUCAAGGAGGGACGGCAGACGGCUUUUCAAAACCUUCACCGCUACUCGUCGGAUCGCGAGGUUUGGGAGCAGUUUCUCGGUGCCGAUCAGUAUGCCACCGAGUGCGUUGUGGCUAUGAAAUGGCUAGAAGAGACAGCUAAGGCAGAGGACAAUGAGCUCACUGCGGUCAUCAGCGAGAUGGAAUCGCAGGCUGGAAGAGGCGAGGGACUGUGGACCCAUGGAUGGCUCUACACCAAAGAAGCGAUCAAGGGACACAAGCGGUUGCGCGCCUGGCCUCAGCCUUUGGAGCCCAGUGACCCGGGCGUGGCACAGUCGAUGACCACUGACGACCACAAACCUCUUAUUACACAACUGGACCCCGAUGCUCUUCUUCGCCAAAAGCAACAUCUGCAAGCACAAGACGAGUUCUAUGAGCACGCGACUUGGAUGAAUUGCUGGAAAAUGCUCCGACAGGGCGAGGAUUGGACUCAGAUUCGCGAAUGGGCCGAAAACCGUCUCGAGGGUUGGAGAGCUGUCAGCCUUUGCGGCUCAAGCCUUGAAUCGAAUUCCGCUAACACGCGGACCCCGGUCGACGACGGAAUGACACGCUUGAUGAAUAGUCGCGCGCAAGACUCAUGGCGCGCAGCUUGCUUUGCUCUCGCGCAGAACCCCAAGGCGGGCGACUUCGAACGUGCAGUGUAUGGUCUGCUCUGUGGCGACAGCGACUCCGUCGUCAAGGUAUGCAGCAGCUGGGAUGACUAUCUUUACGUCUACUUCAACCGGGUCGUUCUCUCGCGCUAUAAGGGAUUCUGCAAGCAGUUCCAGCGCAAGCUGAACCAUUCUCCCAACACCCCAGUUGCAUUCACGCCAGAGCCUGCUGGACAUACAGACCUGCAGAAGUUCUUCCAGUACCUGCGCGGCAACGAGCGUGUUGGAGGCGAGGCCUCUAACCCCUUCCGCAAUCUUCAGGCUGCGAUCUUGAGCAAGGGCUACGACUCCUACUUCACCCAGCUUGCUCAAGCAGUUUCCGAAUAUGCUAUCAAAGCCGAUGGCACAGCCUCUAUCAUUCCAGAUAUUGCUCGCUCGAAAGUCGACCAUACCUACUUGCUCGCCGCGUCGGAUGAGGAGGCUAUCAAAAUGUCGGCUCACGUCUAUCUUGUCGUUCAGUCCAUAGGGUAUUCUCGCGUUGACACCCAGUUUCUUGAGACCGCAUCCGUUGUCCUCGCUGGGUACAUCGCUCUCUUGGAAGCACGAGGCUUGUUCCAACUCAUCCCACUCUAUGUGUCACUUAUGCCUACUGGGAUGUCUCACGAUGCCUAUGCCAAGAUUCUGAUUGACAUUCUCCACCCGAAGCAGCGAAAGGAACAGGUUCGCCUUGCUCAGAAAUACGGUGUGGACAUCGACUCCGUACUGGAUGUUCAGUGGGCUUAUUUGAGCUCCAAAGUUUCUUCUAUCGAAUACUCGCGUGGCCUCACCGGCUACCAUAGAUUGGUGCGCCGGCCAGAUGGCUCUCGCGAGAUUCUCCCACCCAAGAAAGACAUUAUCGGUGUGUCCAUUGCAGACGAAGAUGAGAACAUGAUCCGCAGUCUCGAAUGGUUACGCUACGUGGGUGGUCAAUGGGGCAAGAUCUGCAAACUUGGAGGAUGGCUGUACCGCAAAUUUUUCAUUGCGGGCAAAUUGGCAGCUGCUCGGGAGCUCAGCCAGCGCAUGCCCUUGCCUGAAAUCUCCCAGGAGACAUUCGGAUACGAUAUCUUCGAGUACCCUGAUCUGAAUGUGGAUCAGUUGGUCGCAGAAAAAAGUGCACCCCCCAGCCCGGCCAAGUCGCGCAAGAACAGCGCCCACCGACGCAGCCUGUCUGGCAGCAAUGGCAUUUCCGUCAACAAUUCUUCCAGUGCCAGUCAACAGUCCACUCUCAUGUACAACUUUGAGAACCUAGCUCUUGGCUUUGACAGCAGGGAGAAUUUCGCCAUCCUCUACGAACAGAUUUCGAAGACUAAGCGCCGACGAGAUUCCGGCACGGUCAAAAACCUGUUCGAUGAGUUGUCUGAAUACCUCGGCACCCUGGAGAGCAGUGUGGGACAAACGGUCGAGGUGGUUGACUGGCCUGGCACGGCCGAAACUGCCGAGGAAGAAGAAGACUAUGCGUAUAUCCGUCGGACCCUGCUUCCCGAAUUGGUCCUGGAUUACCAUACCGCCUUGUACUACGCCGCCGAAACGCUCGAGAAGCCCGAAUUGCUCACGCAGUGCAUGGUUGUGGCUACGCUAGUCGCGAAAAUCCCGCACUUGACGCGCAGCUUCGUUGAGGCGCAGCGCAUGGCUGAACUAAUGGAUUCCUUGGCCUUGGCGGGCCGAGCUAUGGUUUUUACGAACUCGAAACAAGAUGUCGUGAAAGAGAGUGGCCAAACGCUGGGUUUGUGGCGAGUCAACGUCCCGGAGCACGGCGAUGCCGCCAUGCCACAGAAGAAGUGA